AAUUGGAGAAUCAAAAUCCCCUGCCUACCUGGGAAUACAAAAUUAGCGUUUGAAAUAUUCGCGGAGGGGAAGCGGCGUGCGUGGGCUGAGAGGCGGUCAUUGCCACAAAAACUUGGGGGAGAGGUCUCCCUCUCCAGCGCAACUGUGAAGACGAUGAGUUCUAUGCUAAUGAUAUCUCGUCAUAUGCCUGCUCUCUUCCUCACCACCAGCUCUUCUCUGAUCUCUUCGAUUCUAUCUCAACCAGCAACACCUGCCGCCAACGCAACCGCCGCCUCCGCCUAGGGUUUCUGGAAGGAUCUCCCGCCUUCUUCGUAUUUAAGAGCCAUGCCAACAUUUACGGCUAUAACUUUAGAGAGGUUAUUGGAACCUGGAGCAUCUAAAUCUGUUGACAAGUCUAAUCCCAAGUCGAAACCACCUGUUCCUACCUCAAAGCUGGAGAGGAGAAAUAGUACAUCAGUUGCAGAGAGAAAAGUUUCUCGUCCUCAAAUAACACCAGCCCUGUACGCCACUCCUGAGUCAACUCCACUUCCAGAUUCGCCAUCAUCAUUUCCUCCUUCACCAUACAUUGUCAAUCACAAACGGCGUGGGCCUCGCCUUCUUAAGAGUUUCUCUGAGCUGGAUGUAUCAUCUCAGCAAAAAGUCGUAGAUGAAGAGAUUGUUAAUGGAAAUGCUAAGCAUGCAGAAAGCAAGUGUGCUGAUUCAUCAAAUGGUGGUUCUGUUACUUUUAACAUUGCUGAUCCUAUUGAAGAGGAGCAUGAGAAUGGUGUCCAUGAUAGCCCUAUUAAAAAAGAGAUUGCAAAUGGUGGCCUUCUUGGGUCUGCUCAAAAUGUGAAUGGUGCCCGUGAUGGUGAAUCUGUAAGCAGUAAUGGGAGAGUUAGAAGCAGUGACAUGAGUAAUGGUUUUACCAGGGAGAAUGAUGCACUGAAUCUUGUUCCAUUGAACUUGAAGAGAAAUGGUGACAGUGAGGAUUUCUUUGAUCCACGGGAGUCAAUGAGUGCCACCAGUACUAAUGAGGCUGAGGAUAAUCCUGGGACAGAAAGUUCAGCAAGAAUCAUGACACCAAAUGUGGAGUUUUUUGAUGCAUGGGAAGAAUUAUCCUCUGAGAGUGGACAGCUGUCCUCUUCACUACAUGACACUGAUGCUGAGCUGCAUGAGAUGAGAUUGAGUUUAUUGAUGGAGAUAGAUAAGAGGAAGCAAGUUGAAGAAGCUCUGAACAAUAUGCAAAGUAAGUGGCAGAGGGUCAGGCAACAGUUAGCUCUUGUGGGAGUGAUACUGCCUGCAAAUCCCAUUGAUAUUUCAGAGGAUGAUCUACUGGAUCCUGCUAAAGAACUACACCGACAAGUGGAUAUUGCUCGAUUCGUAUCAGAUACUGUAGCUAGGGGGAUUGCAAGGGCAGAGAUGGAGAUAGAGAUGGAACCUCAGAUUGAAUCAAAGAACUUUGAGAUAGCCCGAUUGAUUGACCGACUACAUUACUAUGAGGCUGUUAAUCGAGAAAUGUCUCAGAGGAACCAAGAAGCCAUAGAGAUGGCACGGCGUGAUAGACACAGGAGGGAAAGAAGGCAAAGGUGGGUUUGGGGUUCCAUUGCCACUGCAAUCACUCUUGGUACAGCAGCGUUGGUGUGGUCUUACCUCCCAACAGACAAAGGAUCUCCUUCUCCUAGACCUAGUCGUUCAAAUGCUCGUGGUCAUGAUGAUUGAGCCAAGUGAAGUGAUAACAUUCUCCCAAGAAUGGGCUAUAUGAUAUGACAUAACAUCGUAGAAGAAAGGUAGAAUAAAGGAUUGUACAUUCUGGAUAUUGAAUAGCAAUCUGCUACUUUUGUUAGCAGUUCUUUCUUUUGUUCCAUGAGGCGUCAGGUGAUGUAAAGUAUCAUCAAAAUACCAUUUUUCGAGGACUUGAUUUUGCCCUUUCUUGGCAAAUUGAGUGAGAAAUAUGUAUGAAUUAUUUUGUUCUUUGCUGUCCAAAUGUCUACGUAAGGAAUUGCAAGGUUG